AUAGCUUUGAUUUUAAAUAUGUUAGUGAGCCAUGAAAAAAGUUAUAUUCCGCUUUAUAUCCCAAAUACAAACAAUCAAUUCUAUUCAAUCGUAUUAGAAACUAAACAAUAUGGCUGAUCCUGGAGAAAAAAUAGGAGGUGGCCAGUCAGUAAAAAGAUGUUGCAAAUUUCAUUGGAGGGGAAAGAUAUCUAUCAUUAUUCCUAUAAUAACGUUGCCAAUAUGGCUUUAUGCGCUUAAGGUGGAAAAUCGUGCAUGGUUAUGCAUGUAUUUGGUGGUCAACAUGGCACUCUUUUGGGUGACGGAGGCAAUUCCUCUUUACCUAACCUCUUUGUUACCCGUUGUUUUCUUCCCAUUGUUCGGAAUUUUGCCAUCGGACAAGGUGUGCAGUUAUUACUUCAGUGACACAGUGGUUAUGUUUCUUGGUGGCUUGCUGAUUGCCUUGGCAAUCGAAUACAGCAAUCUCCAUCAGCGGAUUGCCCUUACUGCAAUCCUUUUAGUCGGCUGCAGUCCUAGGCGAUUGCACUUCGGAUUGGUAAUGGUAACUUGCUUUAUAUCACUUUGGAUCUCGAAUUCAGCGACAACCGCGAUGAUGUGCCCGAUAGUCAAAGCCAUACUUAACGAAAUGGAAACGGAAAAAAUAUUUGCUAUAUAUAAGACACAGGAAGAAGAACCGGUAGAGGAGGGCGAUCCUCCUCAUCCAUCCACCAUAUCGAUGGCCUUCUAUUUUGGGAUUGCUUAUGCCUCGUCCAUAGGCGGCUGUGGGACCUUGAUCGGAACUGGUACAAACCUUACUUUCAAGGGUCUAUACGAUACGCGCUUUCCCAACUCGGUGGAAAAGGUUGACUUUCCCGUUUUCAUGGCAUAUGCAGCUCCGUUUGUAGUUUUCGUCCUCAUCUUUCUCAUUUUCUUCUCGCUGCAAAUUACCCACAUGGGUCUCUUCCGGCCCAAUAGUAAAGUUGGUCAAGAGGUGAAGAAGGGCGGCGAGGGUAAGGAAGUUGUCAAGGGCGUGAUUAGGCAGCGACUUAACGAUCUGGGACCAAUGUCCUGUCAUGAGAUUCAAGUGGGCUUGGUCUUUUUUUUGAUGGUUUUCUUACUGCUAACCCGAAAACCGGGUUUCUGUCCAGGCUGGGCAAAUUUUCUCAACGCGGCAGCCAUUGGCAGCGCCCCUCCAGUAUUUUUCUGCGUCAUAUUGCUUUUCGCUCUGCCCACACAGUAUGCCUUCUUUAAGUUCUGCUGCGGAAAGGCUCCAUUUCCUGGACAAACUUUGGAUGCCUGUCUCUCGUGGCUUUACUGUCACAAGUAUACGCCAUUUGGUCUCUGCUUUCUAUUAGGUGGUGGAUUUGCUUUAGCUGAGGGAAGCCGGGUCAGCGGAAUGGCCAAAAUGCUAGGCGAGUCCCUGUCAUUUGCCGCAAAAAUGCCCUCUGCCUUGGUUAUAUCUAUGUGCAUUUUAAUAUCACUAUUUUGUACAGCCUUCGCUUCUAACGUGGCCAUCUGCAAUAUUCUGAUUCCAAUAUUUUCGGAAAUGGCCAUAGCCAUUAAAGUGCAUCCUCUCAAAUUAACUUUCCCUUCUGCUUUGGCCUGUAGCUUGGCCUUUCAUCUGCCCGUGAGUACGCCACCUAAUGCCAUUAUAUCCGGCUUUACGGGCUUGAAAACCAAGUACAUGGCCGCCGCCGGCAUUUUGCCAACAUUUUGGGCAUUCUUAUGUCUGCUUUUCACCGGAACUGUGUGGACAAAGGUUAUCUACCCAGGCACCUCUAAGUUCCCCAAAUGGGCAGAGUAGAGUUAUGAAAGAAGAAAAAUUAUCUUCCAAUUAGGGUUUGAUAACAUUCCCAUUUAAACUGAAAGACCAUUAUGAAAUACUUCUUCAAACAGGUACAAAAUUUAUAGACGUAUCUACAAAAUCCAUAAACGUGUAUUAAAAAUUUCUGGUAUUAUCAGUUAUAUUAGUGUCAAAAAAAAAAACACUAAAUUAGUAGACAAGUUUAGGUUUAUAUCUUGACAAUUUUAUUAAGGACAAUGCCAAGUUUACGUAAAUUUCCAGGUGACAGCAAAUUUGUUUCGUCUUCACACCAAUCCUAUUAAAAUUUUCUUUUGAUGACCAAUAAAUACAUAACGCACAAUUUGCGGCAAUAAAAAGUA